AAGCAGCUCCUUCUCUUCCGGAUUGAGCUUCCCAGCGUCCCCACGUGGUGUCCCGUGCCGGAGCCAUGGAGGGUCCCGGCGUGGAGGAGCUGCUGGCCAAGGCGGAGCGGGACGAGGCGGAGAGGCUGCAGCGCAUCACGGUACACAAGGAGCUGGAGCUGGAGUUCGAUCUGGGUAAUCUGCUGGCCUGCGACCGGAACCCCCCUACGGGGCUGCGGCGGGCGGGAGCCGCCCCGGAGGCCGAGCUGCGGGCCCUGGCGCGGGACAACACGCAGCUGCUCAUCAACCAGCUGUGGCAGCUGCCCACGGAGCGCGUGGACGAGGCGGUGGUGGCGCGGCUGCCCGAGCCCAGCACUCGCCUGCCGCGGGAGAAGCCGGUGCCCCGGCCGCGGCCCCUGACGCGCUGGCAGCAGUUCGCGCGCCUCAAGGGCAUCCGACCCAAGAAGAAGACCAACCUGGUGUGGGACGAGGUGAGCGGCCAGUGGCGACGGCGCUGGGGCUACCAGCGCGCCCGGGAUGACACCAAGGAGUGGCUGAUCGAGGUGCCCGGUGGCGCCGACCCCAUGGAGGACCAGUUUGCCAAGCGCCUUCAGGCCAAGAAGGAGCGGGUGGCCAAGAACGAGCUGAACCGCCUGCGCAACUUGGCCCGCGCGCACAAGGCCCAGCUGCCCAGCGGGGCCGGCCUGCACCCCACCGGCCACCAGAGCAAAGAGGAGCUGGGCCGCGCCAUGCAGGUGGCCAAGGUCUCCACCGCCUCCCUGGGGCGCUUCCAGGAGCGCCUCCCCAAAGAGAAGGCGCCCCGGGGCCCCGGCAAGAAGAGGCAGUUCCAGCCCCUCUUCGGGGACUUCGCGGCCGAGAAGAAGAGCCAGCUGGAGCUCCUUCGCAUCAUGAACAGCAAGAAGCCCAAGCUGGACGUGACGAGGGCCACCAACAAGCAGAUGAGGGAGGAGGACCAAGAGGAGGCCGCCAAGAAGAGGAAGAUGAGCCAGAAGGGCAAGCGGAAAGGGGGUCCCGGAGGCAAGCGGAAAGGGGGGCCACCCGGCCAAGGGCCGAAGAGGAAAGGGAGCUUGAGGAGCAAGGGGAAGCCCGGAAGCUCGGGCUUGGGUGGCCAGAGGGGAGGCAGACCGCGGCCCGGAGGAAAGAGGAGGAAGUAGUUAAUGUGACCCUGAGCGCCCCGUGUCGCCUCCCAGGUGCUGUGAGAGCAGGGCGCCGGACAGGUGACUGCCCCUCGCCGGGCGUGAAGGUGGAGGGACGGACUCGCCCUCCCCUCGGGGAGAGUGUGAAUGGAUUCUGACAAGUUCAGGUUUUUGUCCCAG